AUGGGAUCAUACGGAGAGGCAUGGCUUGUUGAGCGUGUGGAGGAUCACGCCAUUUUUGUGGCCAAGGUAAUGGAUUUGGGAAAAAUGUCUUCUCGUGACAAGCAGUAUGCUCAUAGUGAAAUUAAGUGUUUAGCAAAUUGUGGCCAUCCAAACAUUAUUCGAUUUAUUGAGGAUCACGGGGAAAACGAACAGCUGCUUAUCAUUAUGGAGUUUGCCGAUUCGGGAGAUCUUGAUAGACAAAUUAAAGCGCGAGCUCAAGACAAUUUUCGUCACUUUCAGGAACAUGAGGCAUUAUUUUUGUUCUUGCAACUGUGUCUUGCUUUGGACCAUAUCCACAGCCACAAGAUGCUUCACCGGGAUAUCAAGGGGGCGAACGUUCUUCUCACUUCGACGGGGUUAAUCAAGCUGGGUGAUUUUGGAUUUAGUCAUCAGUACGAUGAUACUGUGUCGGGUGUUGUUGCGAAUACAUUUUGUGGGACACCUUACUACUUGGCACCAGAGAUAUGGAACAAUCAAAGGUACAGUAAAAAGGCUGAUGUGUGGUCAUUGGGUGUUUUAUUGUAUGAAAUCGUGACACUCAAAAGACCUUUUACAGCUACCAGUAUGAAGGGAUUGAUGGCAAAGGUUCUCAGCGGCGAGUAUGCCCCAAUUCCUGAGAAGUUUUCUAUCCAGUUGAGAGAGCUCGUGCGUGCCAUUCUUGCUAUUGACGCGAAUGAACGGCCAGGUAUUCGGGAACUAUUUCAAAUUCCAUAUGUGAAAGAAGGAUUAAAAGUGUUUAGGCAAACUGUCAAGAAGAAUACACGUAUUGCGGAGGACGUGAAGGAGGCACUGAUCUAUCAUGUGUCUGAGAUUCUUUCUUCAGAGCCUGUGUCAGAGCCGCGCAGUGGUUUGGUGGGUCAAAUAAAUCUGGAUGUGAACUUUAAGGGAUACGUAAAGAAGCUAGGUAGUGGAGGUGGACGUUCUUGGAAGGAGAGGUAUUUGCAGAUUGCUCGCGGUGUAUUGAUUCUUUCAGACAGUGAAACGGAUCAGGAAGGAAAGGCGUUGAGUCUGGAACAGGUUCAAAGCGCAUGCCCAGUGCCAUUUUGCACUGCCAAGAGGGAGUUUGUUUUUGCACUUAACACUAUCGGCGGUAAGUCGAUGUGGUUUCAAGCUGAAUCUCACGAAAACAUGGAAAUGUGGAUUGACGCAAUUCAUCGAGGAAUUGGAGUUUCUUGA